CUUUGGUGACGUAGGUUUGUGGUCCGCCAGCAACGAGGAAGAAGGAGGAGAAUAAAAAGAAGAGAUCGCAGAAGAAGAGUCUCUCACGUUCUCUCUCUCGAAGGAACAUGGCGGAUACAGAAGCCUCAGUGAAGAAGAAAAAGAUGAAAAAGUUAAGUGAAGAAGAAGUUGGGGAGAUUCAACAAAGUGGAGAUUUCCUCAUCCAACCAGAGUCUAAGGUGGCGUCCUUGGAUACGUCUCAGUGGCCUCUGUUACUGAAAAAUUUCGACAAACUGAACAUCCGGACCGCUCAUUACACGCCACUACCCAACGGCAGUAACCCUCUGAAGAGGAGCAUCCAGGAUUAUGUCAGGACGGGCUUCAUCAACCUGGAUAAACCAGCCAAUCCAUCGUCCCACGAGGUGGUUGCCUGGAUACGGAGGAUCCUGCGGGUGGAGAAGACGGGUCACAGCGGGACUCUCGACCCAAAGGUCACCGGCUGCCUGAUCGUCUGUGUGGACCGAGCCACCCGGUUGGUCAAGUCCCAGCAGAGCGCCGGUAAAGAGUAUGUGGGGAUUGUUCGGCUGCACAAUGCGAUAGAAAAUGAGCACACCCUGGCCCGGGCGUUGGAGACACUCACAGGCGCAUUGUUCCAGCGCCCCCCCCUUAUUGCUGCAGUCAAACGUCAGCUCAGGGUCCGCACAGUCUACGAGAGCAAGCUGAUUGAAUACGACCCUGAGAGGAGAUUAGGCAUCUUCUGGGUGAGCUGUGAGGCAGGAACUUACAUCCGGACUCUGUGUGUCCAUCUGGGUCUGAUGCUCGGCGUUGGAGGUCAGAUGCAGGAACUGAGGAGAGUCCGCUCUGGAGUACUAGGAGAGAAGGACCACAUGGUGACGAUGCACGACGUCCUGGACGCUCAGUGGCAGUUUGAUCACAACAAAGACGAGACUUAUCUGAGGAGAGUCAUCUUCCCUCUGGAGAAGCUGCUGGUGUCCUUCAAGCGGUUGGUGAUGAAGGACAGCGCUGUGAACGCCAUUUGUUACGGAGCAAAGAUCAUGCUACCUGGUGUCCUCCGGUACGAAGACGGCAUCGAGAUGAACCAGGACAUCGUAGUCAUAACGACCAAGGGCGAGGCCAUCUGCACAGCUGUUGCUCUGAUGACCACAGCUGUGAUCUCCACUUGUGAUCACGGCAUCGUGGCAAAGAUCAAAAGGGUCAUCAUGGAGAGAGACACGUAUCCCCGGAAGUGGGGCCUGGGGCCAAAGGCCAGUCAGAAAAAGAUGAUGAUUCAGAAGGGACUGCUGGACAAACACGGGAAGCCCAACGGCAGCACACCUAAUGACUGGAAGAGCCACUACGUGGACUACAGUGUCUCCAAGGCGACUGCAGAAUCAUGUGACACACCCGCAAAGAGAAAACGUGAAGAGUCUGCCAGCGACUGUGAAGCCAUGACGACCCAGAGCCCAACAUCAAUGGAGGAGGUGACGAAGAAGAAGAAGAAGAAAAAAGAGAAGAAUACAAAACUGGUGGAGGCGGAGCCUGAGGAAGCAGUAACGGAGGUCGAGGUUGUAAGUUUGAAAAAGAAGAAAAAAAAGAAGAAAUUGAAGGAUGAUGAAGCAGAGUGAAAGCUGGACAGGAAGCUGUUUGAAGUUCUGCCCUCUGCUCACUGGACAACUCCUUUUUAAAAUUGAUGCAUAACUUUAAUCUUUGUAUUAUGUUGUAAAUACUGCACAAAGUGUUUGUCAUUUUGAAAAUAAAAAUGUUCUUAAGUU